UUUGUGUUUGUGUGUUUGAAAUACAACCAAUUAUAUUUGUUUGCUGUCUUAUAUAUAUCUUUAGAUUAGAUUAGCUAUUUCACAUGUACUUUGACGUUACCAAAGUAUUAUUACGAUUGAUAAUUACAAGCUGUGUUUACCGCUACUGAAAACCAGAUGGCGGUAUUUUUCCUUUUAAGCUAGGCUCCCGGCACCACUGGGAGCGCACAGUGCAUUAUCCCUGUGCGUUUUUGGAAAUGAUCAUUUCUAACCUGUGUAGAGGCAGAUCGAGUAGAGCUGUGGACUAGACUGGCUCGGCUGCCUAUUUUAACCUACUUUUAAGGGAAUGCUUCCCAAGCUUUUAAUCGUUGCGGAAACUAAAGUGGUCAAUGCCAACGAUUCCUCCGCAGACGAUGGGCUGGUGUGCAGGUGAGCCGACGUGAGAACAGGCUCUCCAAAGGAACCGCUUCGGUCCGCUCGCACAUGGGAACCGUGUCACUCAACCUUAUUCGCAUUUUAAUAGUUUGAAGACCCACUCUGGAGCACAGAGACAUGUCUAGAGACAGCAUGACAGAUGUACGAGGAGCCCAUUCACACAAUGCUAGCCCCGCUUUACCUAAGGAGAAUGGACACGCAGCUCCGAGCCCCGUUCAGCCCAACUUUCCCCAUCCCUCAGCGGGGAACAUACCCGAUGAUACCCCGGUGUCCUCGACCAGCGAGCUGACUCAGACCUGGGUUCACGUUGCUAAAACGUUUGUUCUUAUUUUCCCGAUUUACGCAUUGGGCUAUUUUGAGUUCAGUUUCAGCUGGCUGUUGAUUGGACUUGUUAUUUUUUUCUGCUGGAGGAGAAACACAGGAGGGAAGCACAGCCGACUGAGCCGAGCUCUUGCUUUCUUUGAGCAAGAGGAGAGAACUGUCAAGCAGAGUCUGACGACCUCUGAUUUACCACCAUGGGUCCACUUCCCAGAUAUAGAGAGAGUGGAAUGGCUAAAUAAGACAGUGAAACAGAUGUGGCCGUACAUCUGCCAGUUUGUGGAGAAACUGUUCCAUGAGACAAUCGAGCCGGCGGUGAAAGAGUCCAACGCCCACCUCAGCACUUUCUGCUUCAGCAAGAUUGACAUAGGAGACAAACCCCUGAGGGUCAACGGGGUCAAGGUUUAUACAGAAAAUGUGGAUAGGCGACAGAUCAUCAUGGACCUACAGAUCAGCUUUGUUGGCAACACCGAGAUUGACAUAGACAUCAAACGCUACUACUGCAAAGCCGGCAUUAAGAGCAUCCAGAUCCACGGCAUGUUGAGAGUGGUGAUGGAGCCGUUGCUGGGUAAUAUGCCUCUUGUUGGAGCUCUGUCUGUGUUCUUCCUCAAGAAGCCACUUCUGGACAUAAACUGGACAGGCCUCACCAAUAUACUUGACAUUCCUGGGCUCAAUGGUUUCUCUGACAGUCUGAUUCAAGACAUUAUCUACAGUUAUCUGGUUUUACCCAAUCGUAUCACCAUCCCACUGGUUGGGGAUGUGGAACUGGCCAAACUACGCUUCCCCAUGCCAAAGGGAGUCCUGAGGAUUCACUUCUUGGAGGCUCAAGAUCUGGAAGGGAAGGAUACUUUUCUGGGAGGGCUGAUCAAGGGCAAGUCUGACCCGUACGGCGUCCUGCAGAUCGGCAACCAGCUGUUCCAGAGCAAGACGGUCAAGGAGAGCCUACAUCCCAAAUGGAACGAAGUUUACGAGGCUUUGGUGUAUGAGCACACAGGUCAACACCUUGAGAUUGAGCUGUUUGACGAGGAUCCGGACAAAGAUGAUUUCCUGGGAAGCCUGAUGAUCGAUAUGACUGAGCUGCACAAAGAACAGAAGGUUGAUGAGUGGUUUAACUUGGAAGAAACUUCUACUGGGAAACUCCACUUAAAACUGGAGUGGCUGUCUCUGCUCUCCACUCCUGAGAAGUUGGACCAGGUGCUGCGAAGUGUGCGUGCAGACAGAAGCCUGGCCAAUGAUGGGUUAUCGUCAGCACUGCUUGUGGUCUAUCUGGACUCAGCAAAGAACCUACCAAGCGUCUUCACAGGCAGCUUAGGCUGUGGAAACUUAAGUGAGAGGAGAGCAUCUGGCUUAGUCUUUUGUGAGAGCAAUACCUCAGAGUAUAGAACAAUAUUUUCUGCAAAGAAGAAUAGCAGCGAACCCAGUCCUUAUGUCCAAUUUACUGUUGGACACAAAACACUUGAGAGUAAGAUCCGGUACAAGACCAAGGAGCCUCUGUGGGAAGGUUGUUUCUCAUUCCUCGUUCACAAUCCCAGGAGCCAGGAGCUCGAGGUGGAGGUGAAAGAUGACAAGAACAAAUGCACCCUGGGUAAUUUGACAGUGCCUUUGAGCAGCCUGUUGGUGGAGGAGAACAUGACGUUGACUCAGUGCUUUCCUCUCAAGAACUCCGGGCCCAGCUCCACCAUCAAACUCAAGAUGGCCCUAAGGAUCCUGUCCCUUCAGAAGCAGGCAUCCUCAGACCAGCCCUCCUCCAUCCAGGUCAGGAAGUCCAGUGUGCCACAGCCAACCCCAGCCCCCUCCCAGAGACUAUCAGCCUCAGAUUCCCCGCUGCCUCCACCCUCGCCUCCACCACCUAUAGACGCUUCCACCCUCACCCUCCAACAAGGGGACGGCGAGCCGUACUCAGCCAGUCCUCUCCACAGCACCUCCAACCUGAGCACCUGCAUGUCUAGCUCCCAGAAGCACCUGCCUCAUAAGGAGUCCACACCCAGCCUGGCCUCGGAUAUCUCCCUGCCCUUCGCCACCUUGGAGCUUCAGCAAAAGCUUCGUCAGCUGCAGAAUGGCUCGGCCCCCAGCCAGUACCCCCUGGGCGAGGUCCAACUGACUGUUCGACACAGCUCCCAGAGGAACAAACUCAUUGUGGUGGUGCACGCCUGCCGUAACUUGAUCGCCUUCACCAAAGACAGUUCAGAUCCCUUCAUCCGCAUCUAUUUGCUGCCUGACAAGAGCCGGACGGGGCGGAGGAAGACCGGCACAAUGAAGAGGACCCUUAACCCUGUUUAUGAUCAAACGUUUGAGUUUAGUGUAUCUAUGGUGGAGCUCCACAGGAGAACUCUGGACGUAGCAGUGAAGAACGGAGGGAGCAUCCUGUCCAAACACAAAGGGCUUUUGGGAAAGGUGCUGGUAGAUUUAAGUGGGGAGGAUAUAUCAAAAGGAUGGACCCAAUGGUAUGAUCUGAGUGAAGAUGGUUUGUCGUCUCAAGGCAUAAGAAGUAUUCAAGACCCCCUCCUCAUAUAGUGAAACCACCUGUCUGCUGUAAUAUAGUGAUCUUGUUAAAAUAAGGGCAUCUCAUUUUGUUGUAUUCAUGUACAUUUUUCAUAUAGUUUUUACAGGAGUUAUUUCAGCAUGCAAGACAUUUUUUAAACUUUUCAGUCAGUCAUUAUUUCAUCAAUGAUCAUAAUUGGAAGAUAUUGCAACAUAUUGUAAUGCGCUGAAACACACUAACUGCCUUGUCUCUGUUUUCAGUGUUUAUGUAAAUAUCAAGUUGCUAAUAUAGUUACAAUAAUUUGCAGGGGGGUUUCAUGGCAUUAUAUUUCCGUAAGGGAAAUUCUAUUGAUAUCUGUCAAAAUUGUUAUUGCUUUCUGUCCAAUAUGUUAAAAUGUGAAAAAUUCUGUUUUGUUGUCUGAAGAAACUCUUACCAAAGGAACAGAUACAAUCACAAAAGUAGGCUUAAGUAGCAGUACUGACUGAUAUUUUUUGUCAUGCAGUGUUAUUUGAUUGUUUACCUCCUAUUAUUUCUUUCCCUGUUCUUUAUGCUUGAUUACAAACACGAAAUGAACAUAUGCAAAGAAUAAAAUGAUUGCUCUGUAUAUUUUAAGAGGACUUUAAGAGGGCAAUAUUGGGUGUUCUGAACAUUGUCUCAGACACCGAAGACCUGGCGGCAUUUUAGGGCUAUGAACAAGUGCUGUAUAAUAUGAACAACAAUAAAGGAUGCUUGAACAAGGGUUUGAUUGUUGUUCAAACCAAAUGUGAGUCGAACAAACUGAAUAAUAUGAGCAGAGACAACAAUUUUAUGAGCAGGGCUGCCAGAAUUUGUUGUUAAGACGACACAGCUGUGUCAUGGGCUUGUACAUGUUUUGCCAUGCAUAACUGUUUGUUGGAGCGUUUAAAUAAUUGUUUUGUUAUCUAUCCUGUGCCUUAAAAAAAACCCUGCUAUGUAAUGUAUUUUUGCCUUCUUAUUUUAUUUUAUUAUUUUUUUGAAUGAUAUGAUGCCUCGUGGGUUUUGAAAAAUAAAUGGAUUCUCUUGUGAAAAUGGU